UCAGUUAGGUAAACGUGAGUGUGUACCAGUGUCUCUGCAAAGAACCCGAGACAUUCCAAGUCUCCUGCCAACUUUUGGAGAAAGUGACGAGACAAGAGGCGAACCAUGUCUCUGUUAGCGAACGACAUGACGCCGGUGAGCAGGCUAAGCAGACAUGAGGUGGCUGUUUCUCUGGACACCAUCAGAGCCCUGCAGGAGAUGGUCCGGCAGCUGAACGAAAGUGUCACCACGACCAAAACAGCUGCACAAGAGAUUUGCGAGCAGGCAGACGCCAUGCAGCGGACUACACAUCAACUGCAGAUGACGCUGAGUACUAUCUACACCAGAGAGGUCCAUGCAAAAGCGAUGGAAUUCCAUGAUCAAUCAGAGACUUUGCUGGGCGAGUUGUCGCUGAUUAACAGCACACGACGCCUGUCCAGAUCCCCGAAGAAGAAAGGCCGACGAUCCGCCUCACAGAUCCGUCAGACCCAAGACAUGUUUUCAUCUACUUAAGACGUGGACUUCUGCAUAAGGCCAUGUUGAUUUGAUUUUAUGAAUGACAUCCUCGCGCGCAUCAGUUUUAGGCCGUUUAAGAAAAAUAGAAAAUACCCUCGUGGCUACCUCGCUAGUGUCUCUUCUGCAACUACCGACCUUCAUGUAGUAUCACUUAAUUUCAUUUCAUCAAGGACGUUACAUCAUUUCAUUUAGUACAAAACCUUUUAGCCUAACUUGGCCAAUUGGCUAGUCUUCCCAGGUUCACAAAAUUUAUACAGCUACAUAUACAAAGUUCACAACACUUCUACAUCUAUUCUAAUGGCUACCUCACUAGCGUCUUUUCUGCAACUACCGAUCUUAAUGUAAUUUCACUUCUACAGCUACACUCAUGACUUUACCCCACCUGUGUCUUCUUAUCAGCUUUGACAAACUAAAUGACAUGUAGUUCAACUUCUACAGCUACGCUCAUGACUUUACCCCACCUGUGUCUUCUUAUCAGCUUUGACAAACUAAAUG